AUGUCCUCGCAGGACCCCAGCUCCGGCGGGGGGUCGCAACGGACGACGAGGAGCGGGAAGCUCCUCGCCCCGCAGGCUCCGCCGGUCGCCGAAUCCGGAUCUAGUGGCCCCGCCUUGCCGCCGCCCGGCCCGCAUCGCCAGGGGCGCGGCCCGGCCUCCUCGAUGCCGCCCCCUCCACCGGCCGCCGCUGCCGCCCCAAGCCCGACCACCGUUGCUGCGGCCCCCACCGCCGACCCUGCCUCAACCACCGCGCCCGCCGCGGCCCCCACCUCCGAUGAAGCCGCCGCCGCCAUUGCCACUGUAGAGGAACCUCAGGCUCGCGUUGAAGAGAUGCAUGAGCAGCCACCGGUUGUGGAGGUAGAAGUCCAAGAAGAAGCAGGGGCAUUUUCCUUGGGUUCGGAAAUUGCCAUGAGCGAUAGCUUCGAGCAUGGCGAAAAAGGAGCCGAGGAGCAGCUAUUUCUUCAAGGAGCAGCUAACGAGGAAAAAGCCCAGGGUGCGACAUCUCAGGCUACCGCGUCGACUACUCAAUCGAAGUCGAAGCGGGGGACGAACAAGGUGCCGUCGGAGUCGUGGGUCGUCACCAAGCUCAACAAAGAAAGCUACCCGGAGGAACCGGUGGAGGCUGCAGAAAAAUUCGCCAACACAGGCAACGCCAUCGUACUAGGAGAUGCUCGGAUCUAUCAAACAUGGAGCGACGUCCCUGAAGCUGUGAAGCAGGAUUGUUACGAGGCGGCAUGGAAGCGGUUCGUGUCUGCCAAUGAUGAGAUCCGCCAAACAAUGAAGACCUGUGACACAGUAUCAGACACCAUGAUCGCCUACCGUGAUAUGUACAACACAUUGGAGGGUAAUUUUGAUGGUUGUGAACUCGCGCAUGUCAGCCGAGCCAGUAACGAAGAGGCUGAUCAUCUGGUCAACCUGGGAUCCACACGGGCAGCAGUUCCGCCUGGCGAUUUUCUGGAGAUCAUCCAUCAGCGAAGCAUCAAAGAGAAGAGCGUGACAAUUUCGGUCAAAAAGUCGCCCAACUCAGAUCCCACAGCCGAUUCAGCAGUUUCACCUGAAAACCCCGCAAAUGAGCAAGCAGCAGCCGGCGCAGCCGAAGUCCUGGCAAUUGAACCAACAUGGAUGAAGCCUUUACUCACAUACAUGCUCCGGCAGGAGCUGCCAGAGGAUACAACCGAAGCUAGAAGGGUUAUGCGGCGAUCGAAAGCUUUCACAGUUAUCAAUGGUGUCGCAUCCGGGGUGCCCCCGUUGCGCGACGCGUGGGUCGCAUCGCUGGGUUCUCGGAAGGAUCUUGCCACGGGCGGCAUCGCGCAGGCUGCUCGGCAAGCUACCAGCCUGGCAGGGCUAGCGGGGUUCUGGGAAUAA